UCUACACAAGGGCUCUAAGCUGCUUUCUCUCUUCCCCUGGUGGGGUUCUGUGUGUUGGGACCCAAUUGAUUGAAAAUUUGAAAGAUUAAGGACAGAGGAAACCACCCAUAUCUUCAUAUUUUCUCCUAGCUUCUCCUCACCGGCCCAUACAUUUGCAUGUUCUGCAAAUAGAUAGCCUUUAAUCUCCUGGGAUACUUGCAAUUAAUGCUCUUACUACAAAUACCACCAUUACUACCUUAGCUACCACCACUAGUGCCACACUGCUACUACCCUCACCAAGCUACACAUUUUUGUUGCUACCUUCAAACUCCUAGCUUGCUUAAUAUUAGACCUGUCUUUCUUAAUAUGUCAGUCGUAUCUUGUCUUCUUCCUUUACUUCUAUGUCUUUCUUUGCAUGCAUGUAAUGCCAGAAGAAUUGCUACUGCUGAUCAGAAAUUUCACAUUUCCAAUCAGAAUGAUGAGAAGAAGGUUUCAGUCACAGUACCGAUGGAGUCUUCUUCAUCAAAUGAACCUGCAGGAGCGGCAAAGGAAGAUAGCAUCGCAGAGACUCAUCAUCUGGAUGGUUAUGCUCAGAAGUUGAAGAACUCCAAGCCCAAACAGAAGCUAAUGGCAGAAGAGAAUGCUAAAAAUUCAGGUUCUGCUGAAAAGAAGUCUCUUGUUUCAGUUCCUUGGCGUGUGCCACACAAUAAACGUGGAGAGAAGCAUCCCGGUUUCAACUUCGACUACUCACCACCAAAGACGCACCCACCUUCACACAACUGAAACAUGCAUAUGCCAAUGCAUAUACCAAUUUUGCUAUCUUGUAAUCCUGUUUCUCCCUUGAUCCUUGAGGGUAUUUUUCCUUAUAAUCUGGAAUUAAGUUUUCAUCAAGUAUAGAGUACCUGUAAUGAAGAACUCAAAGGCUCUGUGACAACACCCCUAGGGUUCUAACGCUCACUGUCAGCAUAUAUAUAUGUAUGUGCGGCAACUUAUUAUAUAUAUAUAUAUAAGAUCACAUAACAUAGGCUCGUGGGCUUAAAUUUUAAAGCCAAGCCUCUCAUUUAUGUACUUCAAAA